AGUUUCGCAGCCAUUGGGUACUGGAGACUACCUACUACCUAGUUUUCUAGAAGAAGUGGGUUGCUGCUCACCAGAAACCGGGCCACCGCAAUGUCGGCAACAAUUCACCUGGACCGACCUCAUACACAUUUCACCAAUCUCGACAUCAUCACAGGAAAGGUUCUUGUCCAUCUCAUCUCCGAGACUUCGAUAGGUGGCAUCCAGGUGAAGCUCGAGGGGGAAAGUAAGACACGCCUGGCAGGGCCGCGCCAUGGACAGCCGGAUACCUCAGAGAAGAAACGCACGGAGCUAGAAGUCCACAAGAUCUUGUAUAAAGUCUUGGCCGUGUUCCCUACGCCGGAAGUCCUCCAGGCUGGAUCACCCGGUACGGCCUAUACGUUUGCUCCAGGGACAUAUGAAUAUCCGUUUCGCUUCAAGUUCCCCUUCAACAAUGCAUGUAGCAGUCAUAACAGCAUGCUUACCAACUUGAAUAUCACCGGGCUUAAGUUUGAGGUGGCUCGUGAUCCCCGCCAACAUGUCAAGAAGACUCUUCCUCCGUCCCUCUCCAGUUUCCCAGGAGAGGCAGAGAUCAAAUAUUACGUCAAGGCAACCAUCAUUCGUCCCCAGUUCUACAAGGAAAACAUCCGUGCAUUUGCUGGUCUUAACUUUUUCCCUAUUGAGCCUCCAAGGACGAGGAACCCACGAGAAGAAACUUAUGCCAGACGUCAGCACCAAUUCUCGAAACCGUACAUGACACCACAAAAGCAGAGGAGGGGCUUAUUCACAAAGGCGUCUACACCUUCCCUUCGAGACCUUGGCGGAGAAACCCCACGUGUGGCCGUUGAUGCCCGGUUACCAAACCCGUCUAUUUUGACCUGCAACGAACCCAUCCCGCUCCGCGUCCUGGUGAAGCAGCUCUCUGGGACGUCGGAAACAAUAUUUUUGCAGAUGCUCCAGAUCGAGUUGAUCGGGUACACCCAUAUCCUUGCCCAUGAUCUGACAAGAACAGAAAGCAGCAGUUGGGUGAUUUUGAGUCGCAGCAAUAUCUGCACUCCUCUGGGAAAGCCCACGGAUGCUGCGGGCACUGAGUGGUCCUUAGAUGGGAACAUGUGGAAUACGAUACCUCUUCCCAACACUGUCGCCCCAUCAUUCGAGACAUGCAAUAUCACAAGAUCUUACGAGCUGGAAGUGCGGGUGGGGCUGAGUUAUGGCCAGAUUGGCAAUAUCAAGGUUAGCCACGCAAGCUCUAUUUACCUUUUCUUUUGCAUUUCCAAUGGCGCUGACUUCAUAUAUCAGCCCCAGGUUAUUGUCUUGCCUCUGCGAAUGCCAGUCAAGGUCUACUCAGGAAUCGCUCCGCCCCAAGCACUUCUGGACGCUCUCGCAGAGCCUGGGCAGCCCUCGUCAUCGAAAAACAAACCUCCUGACUCUGACCUGCGGUCUGGCAAUGUUAACGGCCGGCCUCCAGUGCCUCCGAGACCUGGUCCACGACCUGCGCCUGCUGAGCCUCUUGAGAAUAAUGACGAUGCGCCGCCAAGUUAUGAAGACGCAAUGGCAGAGAGUCUGGGCCCUGUGGACGGCCCUCGCCGCGAUCGAAACCCUGCAGCUGCAUCGUCAUCCGAGUCGUUCGACAUGCUUCCUUCGACUCCACCAGAGUCACAUUCCGGCUCACCCCCCAUGUCUCCUCCCGCCGCGCGUCCGCUGAGUACGAUAAAGGUCCCUAGAUCUCGGCCGCCGGAGGAUAACCCACCUCAAUACCAACCAACACCGGACACUCAGCCACAGGGUCACUCACAAACCCCGCAAAGAAGGCCAUCUAUGCCGACUUCGAAUCUGGGGGUUCCGAACAGGAAGCCUCUCCCACGCAGCUCCAGCUCCAAGAGUUCUGGUCCGAGCUAAUCCCGGCCAUAACUCUCUGCAGCAGAGCAAGAAAUUUGGAAGUUCGUUUGAUACAUCUGCCCUGUAUCCACAAUGAUACCAUGCAUAUCUCGGUUGAUGAUACCACUCUAUCUGAUGUUGUUUUCUCAGCGUGGAUGCAUUUCCGGAGUUGGUCAUGUAACAACUAUUUUGAUUUCCAGUGUGUUUUAUAUGUCGUACUCUCCUCCCUCGUAAAUUUAAUCCAAAAAUAGCUCGUUCGCUUGCAUUGUUGAGGGGCCCUGAGGUUCGGUACGGAGUAACUCCUAACGAGAGUCGAGGUGUCGAUCCCGGAUCCGAAAGGGGGUUAGUGCCGGUGCGACACGAGGCAAAAGCGUUGAUCG